GACCCUACACCAGACGACGGCCAGCCAAGUUGCGACACACGACUCCUCUUUACGCGACACUGUCGCAUAAUUGAUUGUCCAUUCGAUACUGACAUUGAACGGCCGAUGUACGGCGGUCGACUGGUCGAUUACAACCAGUUAUUUGCUUACGGCUAUCGAGAUAAGGCGCUUCCGCGCGACUCCACGCGACGCCUCACAUCCCCGCGAUCAGCUGGUGAAACUCGCGAAUUCGUAAUGGCAUCGUACUGUGAUAAAUAUUGUGCACCCAGGCUUUGCGUGAUGUAAACAGUGUUGAGAGUGCAAGUGGGUGAUUAAUCAUGGAAGUGGCCAAAGAAAAGACGUCGGGUGUGGAGGACUUUGACGAGGAUGAUGUUACAUCUCGGCGCUGCAUGCUGGACGAUUUGCAGUUGGCAGCGGAACUCGGCAAAACUCUAUUGGAGAGGAACAAGGAACUCGAAACAGCUCUUCGUCAACACCAGAAUAUCAUCGAAGACCAAACACAGGAAAUUGAGUACUUAACGAAACAGACGGUCGCGCUUCGUGAGGUGAACGACUCCAGGCUGAGGAUCUAUGAACAACUGGAAGUGAGCAUUCAAGAUUUGGAGCGCGCUAACCACAGGCUAGCUGUCGACCAUGCCGCGGAAAAGAAACACAUUAAAACUCUGUGCGCCACAAUUGAGACGCUGGAGACCAAAUGUGAGGAACUACAAAAGACUGUCGACGACCUAAACGCCCAGCUGGAGAUCUCCAGGCGAAGGGCAGAACGGAAACCCGAAGUUGAGAAACCCAAAGAAAAAGAGAAAUCUGUUGAAUUAACUCUCAGUGUCAAAAAGCCUGAUGUAAACAGUACACCGAUUAAGACGGUAGCACCUCUCCCAGAACUGACUAAAGAGGAUGAGGAUUUACUCAGGCUUAGCGAUGAACUCCGAGAGAGCAAGGUAGCGUUCGCACAAGAACAGAGGAGGGUGACGGAACUGGAGGAACAGUUGGCGUCGAUGGUCCAGGAGAACAACAGACUGCACGACCAGUUCAGGAAUUGGCAACAAAGGGAAGACGAGCCGAAGUCUAUGCAUGAAGAAUUCUCUAUCCUUGAAGAAGUCAGACAAGGACAGCUAUGCAUAAGAUGUCUGAGAGGCGUGGAGAGAGGAGACGACAUGUCGUCAAUGCUAGACGGAGACGAUGAUGAUAGGAGCGCAAUCAGCUCUCUGAUUCUUCCUCCGUCAGGCCAGGACAGCCCCCGCGAAGAUCUCGUCACUAACAAACUUGUCAAAUUCGACAAUGCCAAGGAAAAGUUACUCCAGGGUAUAUGGGCGAAUAAAGAAGAUGGCCACGAUAACCCUUACAGAGAACUGGUGCAGAAGUACGAGGCUCUUCUAGAAGUUCAACUGUCACAGGUUAAGAACAUCAGAAAGACCAAACCGACCACUUUGCCCAGCACUCAGAAUCCGUGUGGACCUCUGUCUCUCCAGGAUGAACUGCAAACUUCUGGAGACUACAGCCAGUUCAGUGUCAAAGACACUGAUGAGGAAAGCGGACACGGCGAAGAACAGAAAGGAGUCGGCCAAACUAAGAAGGUUGAAACUACUUCGCGCAAGAAGAUCAUCCAGACUCCGGACUUCUCGGAAGCAGAGACUUCAAGCUCCGGAUUUUCGGAUGAAACCAGCAACAAAGCUACACAGACAGAACGCGAACGACCAGGCUCGUUCUUGUGCACAAUCGCUGACGGAGAAGAUUACCGUUUCAGCAUCUACGAUGAUGUCAGCCCCAUGGACAGUCGGUUCCGCAACAGACCAGAGUACCGUGAGCUGUUCAAGGAAAUCUUCACCAUCCUCAAGAAGGCGGCGGAGAACAAAGACGAUGGAGAGCAACUGCCGCUCCUCGAUGACACCACAGCUGGCAAGGUGCCACCAGUCACACCCGCGAACGAGGAAGCGUCCGGCAACUUCACAGAUGACACCCAGAGCGUAUUUUCGUCUGUAAUGUCUGAACAAUCGAUUCCAGUGUCCGAUAUUACCGUGCCCGAAACACCAACUUUGAAAGAAAAAGAAAAACCCCAGCCCGAAGCGGCAAAGAAGGAAGAAAAUGGUAACAAAGAGAACAAACCAGUGGCAGAGAGCACCACGGAGAAACCUAAGCCGAGCCCGGCACGCCAACCCAAAGAGCACCCCGUCUCACGAGACCACAGCGUGCAGAGAGAGAAAGAGAGGGAGAGGGAGAAGGAAAAGGAAAGAAAGGAAGAGAAAGAACGCGUUCUCACUCCGCUGGUGCGUCAGCCACUAGAGUACAUAGCGGCCACUAGAAAGAAGUCCAGACAUCGCAAUCGCAAGCACAGCCAGGACCGCCAGGGCGCGGACUCGCCUGUCUUCCCGUCGCCACCUAAGAUCACCUACCAGAAAUCAUCGAGCAAGAAGAGGAGGGACUACAGGCCGAUCGAGGCGAGUCCCCUCGUCAGAGCGGCAGAGAACGAUUGGAACGGCUCCACGCUACAGUUCUACAACAGAAACUUAAACUCGCCGACUCCCAGCGCAAGCGGCCGGACCGGCAAGAUCUACCAGGGAUGGAACACCGAGACCGACUCGUGGGACAUCAAACAGAGCACUGCGUCACAGGAAAUUCACAAGCUGAGGAAACUAGAGCUUUCCUACGCUGAAGUACUGAGGAACGCCGACAAAACAAAGCCUCGGCGCAAAAAGCAUCAGUAAAUCAUAAGUUUUAUCUCAUCGACCCCUCUUACCAGUAGUAAGAGUCGCGUGAUCAACCGCCAUUUGUCAUUGCCAACUGGACAUAAGUAAUUUAGAUUAGUAUUUGUGAUCUGGUAGAGUAACUUUUUAAUUUUUACCUAUAUAUUCACAAUCACAAAUUGCCAUAAUAACCGGUAUAGUUAUUGUAUACCAGUAUAUUAUUUAUGUAUGUAUACUUCAAUAGUCCUAUAAUCAAUUUUAAUUUAUUGAACAUUCCCAAUAAAUACCCUUCCCUCCGAUAUCACAUUCGCCAAUCUAUUUCGUAUGAAAUAAAUAUACUUGCAUUUAAAACCAGAGCACCUAUCUAUGUCUCAAGAUAGUUUAACUGCCUGAAUUUGAGUUCAAUUCUAUUAAUUUCCACUGAAUAAUUUAAUUCUUCCUAUUUUAGUCAUUAUUUUAAUUGUAUAUUAUGUAUUUGAUCAUUGAUUUGUAAAUAUGCAUUUUUAAGUUAAUUAUAUUUUUUUAAUUGCCAUCGAUAUUUUCGAAUAUUUCGAACAACGCGUUUAUGUAUGCUGAAGGUAUUUAAUGGAGACAAAGUGAGAGAGAGGUUGAAGGUAUAAAUAAAAAUUUGCAUUGAUAUUAA